AUGUCCUAUGAAUAUCUCAAUGAAGAUGCUCUAUUUCCUGUCAAACAAUUGCUUCUUGAUUCUGCUCAAGGUGAUUUUGCUGCGGUUUGUUCAUGGGUUGAUGAGGUUGGCCAUACUUACUACUAUCAUUGGAGCAACGCUUUACAUUAUGUUGACAUGCCGGAUUUCAAGUGUAACAAUGAAUACUGCAGAGACUGUCAUGAUUCUUACAAACGUAAACAUAGGUGUGUUAGUGGAGCAAUAUACAACAAUACAAUGCAACUUAAAUCAGCUGAUGAAAGCACUUCAUCUGAAUUUAACUACAAUUUGGCAGAGGCAUUUAUGUUCUUGUCAAAUUUUGUUGGGGAUAUUCAUAAGUAUAAUUGGCCAAAUGAUGUAUCAAUUUGGGAACAUUGUGCCAACAACCACACAGCUUGUCCAAAUCGGUAUGCUUCUGAAAGCAUUAGCUUAGCAUGCAAAUUUGCCUACAGAAAUGCUACACCAGGAAGCACUUUGGAAGGAAGGGAUCAGGAAAAUCUCCCCAAUGAAGCUAUUAUCAUGGAAAUAGAUGAAGCCAUUGAAGCUUGGCUGACAAUGGAAAUGCAACAUAUUGCUAACUUGGAAAAAGACAUUGAAUUUCUCAGAUUAGCUUUGCCUAAUCCUAGUGUUUCAAACAUCUGGUUUUGA